CUUCCCCGGCCUCCGCCCGGGGCGAAGCAGGGUUGGGGGCGGGGCCUGGAGGCGCGGCUCGGCGGCGGUUGUGUGUGCUCGUGACUUCCGGUGGGGCCCGCGGCCCGGCGGAGCGCAGCGGCUUGGUCUGGACUUUUGCCCGAGUGCGGGAUGGAGAAGCUGCGGCGGGUGCUGAGCGGGCAGGAUGACGAGGAGCAGGGGCUGACGGCGCAGGUCCUUGAUGCCUCAACACUCAGCUUUGGUACUCGAGUCAAAUGGUUUGCCAUAUGUUUUAUUGCUGGCAUUGUGUGUUCUAUUCUUGGAACAGCUUUGCUAUGGCUUCCAAAGGGAAUCAAACUUUUUGCAGUGUUCUAUACGCUGGGAAAUAUUGCUGCGUUAGCCAGUACAUGUUUCCUGAUGGGGCCCCUGAAGCAAUUGAAGGCAAUGUUUGAGCCAACGAGGUUAAUAGCUACAGUUGUGAUGCUGCUUUCUCUAAUAUUGACGCUGUGUGCUGUAUUCUGGUGGGGCAAAAAAGGUUUGGCACUGUUAUUCUGCAUAUUGCAGUUCUUGGCAAUGACCUGGUAUAGUCUGUCAUAUAUUCCUUUUGCAAGGGAUGCUGUGAUUAAAUGCUUCUCAUCCUGCCUAGAGUAAAUUAAAAACAGGAACCACUGUACACUUUAUAAGCCAACUUCUAUCCUUCUGUGAAUUUUGCUCAAAAAACUAUACUUUUCUACUCUUGAAAUACUUGGUGACAAUUUAGCAUUGUCCUUGCCUUUUGCAGUUGGGGGAUUAAAUCAUUUUUACUAGUAACAGUUUUAAAAACCAAUUGGGAGAACUGUGUUUCUUUACACUGGAACUUUCAGCUUUUUUUAACCAAAAAGUACAUCUAAAUACUUUGUGGAGACUAGUCUUAAAAGUAUUUAAAACUGUGCCCAGUAACACAAUUUAAUCCUCAGUAUAGGCAAGCCACUUGAGGCUGGGUAGUAUGCAGAAGGACUCCAUUUACGGUUUUGUCUAAAACUUGCAAUGUACUAUUUAUGUUUGCAUGUUAUUCAUUGUAAGCUUUUCCAAAGACAGAGUUUUAUGAACAUUGUAAAGAUUUGAUAAGUUAUAACUCCUGGGCUGCUUUGAAAUGACUAUACAUGUGCUUUAUGGAAAAAGUCUAGUGAGAACAUGUUAAAGAGCUGUUAAAAACUUGCUGGAUUUCAUUAAAAAGCUAUAUUUUAAACUUUUUUUUUUACUUUCAGACUUAAAUACUUUUACUAAAAUAACUAGAGAAUGUAUAAAUGAAUGAUUUGUGAAAUAAAUGGAUUUUAAAGGUGUCUAAAUUUUUUUUUAAUUUAGGAACCAGAGCUAGCUAUGUAGAAGCUGUAGGUUUUUCUGCAUUACAUUUGACUAAGUAAAAAUAAAUAGUGUGGAUAUGUAUAUGACUGUAUCCCAAUUUGGUUUUUAGAUUUGCAGGAGUGACUUCAGAGCUUCUUUGUAUUAGUAUUUAGAAAAAUUGCUCAUAUGCGUAAACUGAUUAUAUAUAUCAAAGUGAAAUAUUCUAAUACUUUGCCUAGCUUCAGUGAGAUGUUCUCAUUUUUUAUUUUUCGCAACUAAGAGCUAUUACAUUAUUCAGGAGCAAAGUUAAAUCAUUACUGUUUGAUAGCUAAUGUUACAUUACAGGAAACUUCUUAGUGCAUGAUGAAAACAUUUUACCUGUGUUCUAAAUCCCAGUUGUCUUGACACCUUCCCACCUCCAAUCCUCAAAUAGAAGAGGAAAUAAAUUUGAAAAAAUGUGAGCCCUCUGGGAAAGAAAACCCCUGUGUUUUAGUAUUCAGGAUUCAGGCUGAAAUGAUGAAUUUUAGUGCGUUUCUGUUAAAUCUCAGGGUAUGUUGCACAAAAUAGCAGUUUCCCCCAAAGAUGCUGCUUCUCAGAUGACUGAGAUUUUUGCAGUGAAGGUUUGCUUGAUCGGUAGUUUACCUGACUAGUAAAUUGCCAGUGAGGCAGCCUUUCUCCUAGUGAUACAGCUAUGGGGUAGUCCUGACACUGCAAAAGGCUCUUGGACUUGUUCCUACUGCUUGGUGUAAUUGUAGCCAGAAACCAUAGCCUCCCCUGCUCUGUCCAUCGCAUCCCUCUGUUGAUGGUGAGGCCCUUUAGUGAGCUUGUAGUUUCUUUUAGCUUGCAGUUUGCAUUGAAGACGAACCAGUACAUGCCUCAGCAGUGGUAGAUACGGUCAUGAAAAUAGCUGUUACUCCUUCCCUGGGUGCUGUUCCCCGUUGGGUCUCUGGCCAGAAUGGGCAUUCAGAAGAUCCCAUCCUACUAGCGGGCACUACUGAGGCAAACAACUGCCCCAUCCUGAAUUUUUCUCACCUAUCAACUACUUCUGGUACAUGAUCAUCUUCACUGUAGUCUUAAAUGAGAACAUUAGUCAUUAUUUUUUAUUUAUGCAGUAUGGUAAAUAAAGUUUACAGUGUUAUUUGAUCACCAAAAUAGAAUGGUUCGGGAACUAAAAUCUAAAAAAGUGCAUAUACUGGUAUGCUUUUGUGUGCAUUUUAUCAGUCCACAUUACAGUAUGUUUUGCUAUUCGUUAUUCUCUCUGGAAUAUUUACGAUUCACUUCCUUCAUCUGCAUCCUAAGCACAUGUUCUCUGUUCAUUCAUCAGUGUCUUGUGUUUCUUCACAUCAUAUGUUUGUGCUCGAGUAUUUCAAAUUUCCCAGUUGAUGUCUCCUCAGUGUGUGAUAUCCUAUGCUGCCAUUGAUGUCUUGUGGAGAUCCGUUAGCCCUGUGGAUUGCGUAUAUCCUGUGCAUCCUUUGCUAUGUUUCUAGUACCCUAAUUAAAACAGUAUUUUGAAACCUGUAGAA